GGCAUGGAUCAAAUUUAAAAUUUAGCAAAGAAGAUGAAACGAGGAGUACAACGGAUAGUUGUGAUCAGGAAUAAAAAGCAGACACACGACACGUGAAGAAGAUCAUAUUCUGCAGAAGAAAGUAAACAUGAUUACCUGGGUGGAGCGCAGCGCCGAGAGUAGCAGUCCUGGCGCCCACAAUGCGAAUCACCAGAACUUCCCCGUUGGGGGUCUUGCCGUCCCGGAGGCGCUGGUUAUGUCAUAUCAAAAUGAAAAAUCCCCCCUCCCCAUAUCAAAACGGAAUUUCUGAUGCUGGAUCUGUGUACACAAAUGCGCUCUGUAUUGCAGGAAGGCACUGUGGCCAGAUACCCAGCCUAGGCAGAGGCGUCUGGGUCUAGUUGUUCAGCAUGGCAAACAGCUCCCCUUUAGGCCAAACAGCAUGACAAACGGCGUCCAUAAUGGCGCGGCAGCUUCCGCCUUUGUCUUCUUGCAGCACAAAUGUGAUUUGUGGCCUCAAAUCAGCAACGCAAAUUUUCGGAAACAUACCGUUUCAAUAUGGGGAGGGAGAGUUUUUCCUUUCGAUAUGUCAUCCUCUGGCUCAACAUCUGCCGCCGUGCAUCACGGGGAUACUAUGUUGGCCGCCCACGUGGAAACGCAGCGGCACCGAGGAGCACCACCUGAAGGAGCCGUUGGACAUCAGUUGUCUUCGGGGCCAGCAUUGUUUCCCACUUCACGACACAAGAAGUUGAGAACCAUUCCGUUCCAGACCACGCAGCGGCAUGUGCUGGCUAUCUGGGUACUACUCAUCAUUUUCGUCCUCCUCGCCCCAUGGCGAAGAUUUUUCUCGGAAGAUAAAGCGGACCAGGGAAAUAACAGCGCCAGUAGUACAACCGAGUCGGAUCAUCCUCAACAGCAGAGCGACAACAGCCCUGGAAGUACAACAAGCACCACUUCUUCUGAUACUGCUUCGGCAACAGGAGAUCCAGACCUCCCGCCGCGAGUUGACCUGCUUCUCCACCACGAACUGUCCAACAGUUACGUUUUUCUCGGCGCGAGGCAGCAUGUGCUCUUACUCCUCUGCUUGCUAAUUGCCACGACGACGACGCGGCACGUGAUCCUGCUCCAAGACCGGAUUGUUCUUCACCUCGGCCCGUUUCCCGUGUGCUUGUUCCUGAUCCGGAUUCCCUACACGGCGAUUCUGAGUGUCGACGUGCGACAGUCGUUUGACACCUGCGGCGGGAAGUGUUGCUGUAGUCUUGUUGGAGGGCGCAAGAAAACUGACGCAGCAGUGGAUUGUUCUGGUCAAGAUCUGGGGAUGGACGAUAGAACGCUGCCGAAACUACAUACGAAAAAAGGCCUUUGGAAAACAUUCACCGACAGCCCGUUUUGGUUCUACCGCAGCUGGCUAUACACUGGCUGUCCGAUUUUCGGUGGGCAUCAUCAACUCGGGAGUUGCUGUCCCGCGGCUGUUGCACUGUUGGUGCAGCAGGCAUCCAGGCGAGUGGAGCUGUUGACACAUGCGGUUUUUUCAGGGAAGAAAGUUCUUCCAGUUCCGGACAGGAACCAUUAUCAUUCAGGACAGUCUCCGACACCACCGCGCAAAAAACACGAGUUUCUGUUCCUACGCGUCAACAUUUCGGCGGUCGAGCGGCAGGCGUGGCAAGAAAGGAAAAUCGCACACGCACAUUUGCUUCCAUCACCUCGCGGGGGAGAGGCUGGUGCAACAGCAUCUUCAGUGAAAAUAACACCAGAUCAGGGAGCACCGCCAGCACUGAACACCAUGGGCGAUAAACCUCAGUUAGAAGGUAUCCAGAUGGUCAGCUCGGAAAAGAAAAAUGAUCAUGAUGUGGUAAUGAACAACCUCGACUUAGAACAGGGAACUCUCCUCAGCGCCGGUAUUAGGUCGGGUAGUUUCCAAAGUACUGAUGUGAUACAAGAAAUCUGCGUUGCUAUUCCAGAUGCGGAUUUGGUGCAGCAAUUUAUCGAGCAGAAGUGGUACCAAGAUUGCGAGUGCUCCACCUUAACUGAGGCGGUCUGGGUGCCGUGCGACGGAUACUAC